AUGAGGCCCAGUUUUUCUAGUGAGUCGACUCCAACUGGAUCCUUUAGUAGCUGCUGUAUUCAGGUCGAUGCUUUUGUUUUGCCAUUAGAAGCUGCUGCUGCUACACCAGAUCAUGUGACACCGUCUGUUGUGAAUGGCCGUCGGAUACAAGAGAGCCAGCCACAGUCUGUGAAUAAUCCACCCAGCUAUUGUAUCAGAGCUGCAGGAGUUCUAAGGUACAAUCGUGAGUCCGACGACAACAGGAUAAAUGUUCUAACCAUUCUUCAGGAGCUCCCACCUCUGUCAGAAUUUGGAGUAAAAUGUGAGUACUGUGGGUUAACGGCUAGACCUUCACUCAGUCUAACAUGGAUGCAGGAGCCUGAGACAGCUCCACACUUUUGUUGUGCUCAGCAUCAGCAGCUGUGUGAGAUGCUGGUGAAGGAGAGAGCUUUGUGUGAGGGGACAUGUGACCUGGCAACUGUAAAGGAGGAGGAUGAGUUUGUCGAAGACAUACCAAUUGGACAUAAAGCACAGUCAGAGGUGAAAAUCAACAAGGGUUACUCAAUCCAAGCUGCGACUGAAUCGUGUAAGUAA